AGAAUGCUUCAAUAAGGAAGCGUACCGUUUCUUCCUCUUUCUCCAUUCCGGUUGGCAUCUGAGGCACCGAUCGGUUGAUCGUUGCAAAGUCUGGAAGGUCAGAGCAAAAAAUGAAGGUUGCCAUUAUUCCUGGGAAUGGAUCUGGAGAUGUAUUCCAUGCCAACUGGUAUGGCUGGGCACAUGAGAAAAUCAACAACCUAUCUGGAGUGACCUCUGACCUACAAAACAUGCCUGACCCUAUCACUGCUCGAGAGAAUAUCUGGAUCCCAUUCAUGCGUGACAAAAUGUCAUGUGAUGAAUCAACUGUUAUCAUUGGACACAGCUCUGGUGCUGAAGCUGCCAUGAGAUUUGCAGAAAGUUACAAGGUCAAAGGCAUUAUAUUGGUCUCCGCAUGUGUCACAGACCUUGGGGAUGAAAAUGAACGGGAGAGUGGGUACUACAGCCGACCUUGGGAAUGGCAAAAAAUUAAGGCCAAUACUGAUUUUAUAGUACAGUUUGGGUCAACAGAUGACCCAUUUAUACCAUGGGAAGAACACCAGCAGGUAGCAGAUGGCCUCCAACCCGAACUUUACAAGUUUUCUGACCGUGGACACUUCAUGAAUUCUGUGUUUCCUGAGCUUAUCAAUGUUGUUAAGUCAAAAUUGUGUUGAAAAUAACAUAAUCAGAUUUGGAUUUUUUAUCAAGCUUUUACAUUUACAGCUGUGGUAACUCUCAGUCUGUCUUUGAUUGGUUAAAAGUGUUGAUGCAGGAUGGUGUUAGACAAUCUAUUCUGCAAUACGUCUAUAUCUGGCAAUACAUAUUGGGUAAAAAUUUAAA